CCCUAAUGUGUGCACGGGGGAGAGAAAGUGAGCUGAGGCGCUAGUCCAGGCAUGCAAAUAUCCUCUGUGUGCCAAAAAGGAUUAAUUGUAAAAAGUAUGUUUUGACCAGGUUGAAACUCUCUCACACUCUUCACUUCCCCACCCACCCUCCUUUUCCGUCUUGCACACACCUACAAUCUCUCAUGCAAACAUAUUCAGGAAGGAAGCGUGUGAACUCAUUUGUCAAACCAUUUCCGUUUGCACUCACUUACUCUGAAGACACCAAAGAGCAAACUGGUGAGUUAGUCUGCUGUGAAUAUGACCUUCCUGAUAUUUUCUAGAUGUAUUAUCUGCACUUCUCAGUCAAAAUUCAACUUUAAGACUCUAAAUAAUCCAUCGCAGAAGGUUAACUCAUACAUUUGUCUCUUUUUAUGAAGGGCGGUGAAAUAGAAAUGUCAUACGAGGCUUUGCAUUUCCUGAACUAUUUCAACAGCUUCCGUGUUUGUCACUGCUGUCAAAAGUUUGUCUUGAUGCAUCAUCGAAUAAGUGCACGCCAUCACCGUGAUCAUAUACUGGCGUGGCUCAAACAGGAACAGAGGAGAUAAAGUAGUGAAGAAGCAUCUUGUCUCAUAAACUUUGGUCCAGUCAUCCAAGUGAAAUCGCCAAGAGAGCGCAUUCUUUAGUUUAGCUGUAAUUUGUUCCACAUCUGCGUCUCAUUCUCCUCUGUGUCCUCCUCUGAAAGCUCUGUCCGUUUUCAGCGUGGGUUGUGGUCCACCGAGCGACUGCUGCCAAGAUCAAACUGUGAACACGCCGUCAAUCACACAAUCACACAAACACAAACACACAGUGACAUAUCAGGCAUUUUUUAAGGGGCCGGGGCAUAAAAAAGAAAAGGGCACCUUGUCUGUAUAAUCUGUAUAAUAUUUGAUACACUGGAAAAGCAUCUUUUGUUUUGUAACGGAUAAGGGCAUCCAACAGACUGCUUCAAAAUAUUUUACAUUCUAGGAUGGCAUCCAGAGAGCGCUAUUUAUUAGAUUUGAUGCACUGAAAGAGCAUCCAGAGGGCACUUUUGAUGUUCUUAUAACAGACAGAGCAUCCAGAGGGCACUUUUGAUGUCCUUAAUACAGACAGAGCAUCCAGAGGGCAAAUUUUAUGUUUUGUAAGGGUGUCUAAUAGACACUUUUUAAAGAUGUUACAUUCGAGGAGGGCACCCAGGGGGCACUAUUUAUUAGAUUUAAAGUGCUGAAAAAGCAUCCAGAGGGUACUUUUGAUGUUCUAAAUACAGACAGAGCACCCAGAGGGCACUAUCUAUUACAUUUAAUACACCGACAGAGCAUUCAGAGGGUACUUUUGAUAUUCUUUAUACAGACAGAGCAUCUAGAGGGCACUUUCAAGGUCCUUUAUACAAAUAGAGCAUCCAGAGGGCACUUUUGAUGCUUACAAUACAGACAGAGAAUCCAGAGGGAAAUUUUUGUUACAUGUAAUGCAAAAAAAGGACAUCCAGAGGGCACCUUUACUAUUCUGAAUACAGACAGAGCAUCCAGAGGGUACUAUUUAUUACAUUUAAUGCACUAAAAAGGCAUCCAGAGGGCACUUUUUUAUAUUCAUGGGCUGGAAUGGGAUCCAAAGGUUACUUUGGAUGUUCUUAAUACAGACAAAGCAUCCAGAGGGCACUAUUUUCACAUUUUAGACACAUUUACCAAUCAUGAAUAAGUAGAAAAAUUAAGACCAACGUGAGAAUACAAUAACAUCUUCGUUGUGAUACUGGAUGAAUAAAUGUCUUUCCUGCAGCGAUAUUUUGGUCGGCUUGUUUAGAUGAAUCUUUUGUCUCUGUGGUGAAAUCAAACAAAGACAUGACCUCAGUACAAACAUGUUCAUUAUUAACAUACAGUUAAGUGUUGACUUUACACCUUAACUGAGGGUUUAUUCAGAGCUGCUGCAGCGUUUCCUGGUCUCUGUUCUGUCCAUUUAGUUAAACAAACUACUCACAGACAGGAAAAGCUUUGUGUAAGGCUCAAUAUGACGUCCUGCAGAGCGAUGACAGUUUUGUCAGCUGAUGUUACUGCUCAUGUUAAAACCAGUUAGCCGCAACACCCUGACAGGUUCUGUCUUUCUCUCAGUGUAAAAACCUGUUUUUAGUCAAACUAUCCAAUCAUCAUGAGUCUGUCCUGGCGAACCUCCAUUUUGCUGAAAUAGAUACAGAGGUCACAUCUAUCAGAGAUCAACUUCUCAACAGCUUUCUUUAGUUUGGCUCAGAGGUACGUGUAUCAGGUAAAGUAUAAUCUGGAUUAAUCUCGUAUGUGUACAAAGAAGGUUUCUGAUACCAAACUUGGCUUCCUGUUGGCGGGCUGACAGCUCAUAUGGUGAGAAGCUGUGGUUUGUCUUUCCAUCAGAGGGACUUUUUCAUUCUAUCUGUCUUUGGGUUUAUUCUUCCAUUUAUUUUCUGCUGCUUCUUAAAAAUUCACUCGAGCGUCCUUUAGAUUAGCAGCUUAUCUAGAUUUACUGUCCUCCCGAAGCACGCCGGGAAUGAAGGCAGGAUUUAUAACUCUUAAACUAAAAGAAGAGCACUCAAGAGAGAAUGUUUUUAUCCUGCCAGACUGAAAAGUUUGGCAAACACGCUCAAAUAAAAACAUGAAUUUGCAGUAAUUAUAGGAACAAGGCAGUGUUUCAAACCAUCCUUGGACUAAUGCGUGUGCCUGACCUUUAUAAUAUUCUUAAUGCAAAAAACAGGCUCCAAGAAAACCAAUAUUUCCUUCAAUUUUACGAAAAUUAUUACUUUUAUUCCCACAGGGUGCAAUGCAGAAAGCGAGUUCAGGUCCAAGGGUGCCAGAGCCCGAUCAAGGAGGCCUUGGCAGAUCCGAUGGCUGCAGGACAAGCCACCUAAACAAUGAGGUUCUUGAGAGGUUUGCCCAAAAUAUGACCGAGAACAUAAUCCAGUCUUUUCUAAGCCAAAUGGAAAUGGUGGAUGUCGAAGUGGUGUCCAGGUUUAAUCAAAACCAGGAGAAGUUAGCUGAGGAGUUAGCCUCUGCUGUGGUUAAAGAGGCCCUGAUGGAAGCUGGUAGAAGACGAUAUGUGCUCAAGAGUUCUGAAUCAGAAGGAGAGGAAAGUGAUGGCGGACGAGACAAAAGUUCAGACGAAUCUGAUAGCGACAUUGCCGAAGAGUUCCAGACUUCUGUUAACAUACGGCCCUGCAACCCACCCUUCACCCAGUCAGGGCUGCCCCUCUUGGGAUCUAUCGACUACCCUGACGCCCCUCCAACGACGCCCCUCCUCCCGGAGCUUGAGAGAACCAGAUACAGUUUUGCCAAGAAGCUCAAAGGGGGCCUGGCGAAGGUUUUCCUACCAUCGCCUCCCCCACCAACCCCAAAGGAUGAAAAAGACGACUCUGACAUCGACCCUAGAGCCGAGCUGAUGGAGCAUCUGAUAAACUCGCUGUCCAUGGAUGACUCAGGAGGAGGACGCUUUGACGUGGAAGUGGAGGCUUUCGCGGAGGCGCUUUCGUAUGACAUCCUUGACUCGGCCUUGUGCUCCAGAAACAGAGAUUUGACCCCUGAGAGUCAGGAUCUUCAUGAACUUGCCCACCAGCUGGCUGAAACCAUCAUCACCUCUUCGCUGGAGGAAGCUAAAAUAAUUGCCUAGAGUCGUCACGUUGGCGGCCGUCAUCCAUGUCACUUACAACCUGAAAAACAGUGUUAGCUGAUCACAUUAGCAUCCAGGCUUCUCAAGGUUGACCCUGAUGGAAGCUGGUAGAAGAAGAUAUGUGCUCAAGAUUUUGGAAUCAGACGAGGAGAGAAAAGUGAUGUUGGACGAGCCAAAAGUUCAGACGAAUCUGAUAGCAACGUUGCCAAAGAGUUCCAGACUUCUGGAAACACCCAGCCCUGCAACCCACCUUUCACCCAGUCAGGGCUGCCCCUCUUGGGAUCGAUCAACUACCCUGACGCCCCUCAAAUGACACCCCUCCUUCUGGAGCAAGAAAGAACCAGAUACCUGGUGAAGGUUCUCCUGCCAUCGCCUCCCCAACCAAUCCUAGAGGAUGAUAGAGACAAAGCCGAAAUCUACCAGGAGGCUCAGGAGGAGGAUGCUUUGACGCGGAAGUGGAGGCUUUUGCGGAGGCGCUUUCAUAUGACAUCCUUGACUCUGCCUUGUGAGAUUUGACCCCUGAGAGUCAGGAUCUCCAUGAACUUGCCCACCAGCUGGUUGAAACCAUCAUCACCUCUUUACUGGAUGAAGUUAAAACAAUCGCCUAGAGUCGUCAUGUUAGCGUCCGUCAUUCAUGUAACUGUCAAGCUAAAAUACAGUGUUAGCCAAUCACAUUAGCAUCCAAGCUCCCCAAGGUAGACCUCCACCCUGUAAAGAUAAAGAACUGGAUUAUACAUCUCAGGACUAGCAGACUCACACAAAGAACAACACUGCUAUCCACCCACAUAUUGCCUCCAGACUGACUUCCUGGCUGUUUCAAUGAAGUUGUGAUUUACUGCGAUAAUAAUGCUGCUGACUCUGAACUUGAUUUACUCGGCUGAAUUAAUGUCUCUGUGACGUUCACUCAAAGCUCAAAGUUUGAUUGUGAAAUAUCAUCACGUCACCAGAGAGCCAACAAAAAGAUACCGGAGACAGAAUGUGGCAUAUUUACCGACACGUGCCUCCUCAGAGCUGCAGAUACCAGAUCCUGAAUGAUGGAUAUGAGGUUCAGGUUCUGGGUCCAGGGCCCAUAAAAUGUGCACUGGCAGGAUGUUUAAUGAUUUUUGGAUUCUGUCUCCAUCUGCAGUAAUCGUAAAUGUCCUGCAGAUGGAGACAGAAGAGCAAUGUAAGAGUUUCAGAUCUCCAGGUGCUUCCCAAACGAAAGAUGUAUUUCUUGAAAAAAUAUAUAAAAGUAUGAAUCCUUUAAAGAAAUAAAAGUGGAAAUCAGAGAAUUAAAAGUAUUUUUCUUGGUGAA